AUGAGAGUCCUCCGGCGGCGCGUUGCCGCCAUGUCACCUAGAGAGAAACAUUUAGCGCUUCUUUCUCUCGUGGGCGUCGUGACUCUCGCUCUCUAUUACAGCCCCACGUUGCUCUACGCCACUUUUAUACUUGUUGCAGCGUGUUGCGUUGUGUGCUACUACAACAGAGGAGAGCCGCUCUCAGCCAGACUAGGCCUCAAUCCGCGGGCUCGCCUGAGUGUUCCAUCCGCUCUCCGGCGCUGGUUGUGGGACUGGUGGGUGACUGACGUGUCGGUGAGCUCGCGGGGGAGAGCCAAGAGUUCCAGCAGCGGCGGCGGCGGCAGCGGCAGCAACAAAGCCGGGCUCCGGGACUCAGUGCAUGGUCACUUCACUCAACAAAGACGUGCGGAUAGUGGGAUUUACAGGAGGGAAGCUUUGGGUACUGACUCGUUUCUUUUCAGCCCUCGGGAUUUCCUCAUGGGGAGCUACAUCGGGAAAGCUGAGAGCCCCGCUGCCGACUUUGGGAGGCCGAGAGCGGGGAGGAAUCCUCGGGAGCAGCUGCGGGAGAAGCUGGCUAGACCCAACCAUGCUGUCUACACACCCAACAGGAGGCUCUCAUUUGCUGGAGAGCCGGUGGGAGCAGCGGGCAGGUUCACCAUCACUCCUCAGCGUCACUACCCGCUGCAGCAGCCGGGCGUCUCCUCGGUCGGAGUCCUUCCUCCCGUUAAAUGGGACGGCUUCCGGAAGAAGAGCAUCCUCAGUCCACGCAACUCUCCGGCUGCUCUCAGCCCCGUCACCGUGAAGAUCGCCAGGCCCGACCACAACAGCCCCAGUUGGGACCAUCCGAGUUGCGCUGGCGUCCCCAAACCCCCCGCUGACCCUUGCUCCAGAGAAAGUGUCCUUAAGGUGCUGAAGGAAAGCCGCAAGAGAGACGUGGAGGACGACGACAGAAACUUAACGACUGAACAGAAAAGCAAAAGAAGGCGUAACGACAGCGGAGGAAGUUCUCACUCUGCUUUCGAGCCUCUUCUGCCCAACGGCACUCCGUCACAGCUGGUUCCCAAGCCAGGAACCCUGAAACGAGGGAUGACGUCCGUGACGGAGGAGUCGAUCAUGAAGCGGUCUCGUACUUCCUCCAUCAGUUCUGGAAGUGGAGUUCACGCUCCGAGAGGAACUCCAGGCAGCCGGAGGAAUCCCAUCAACAGCUCGUACAGCUCCACCGUCGGCCUCAGCCAGUGGAAGAAACGGUCGGCGCCCAGCUCUCCUCUGUCGAGCCCGGUAUCGUCUCGCUCUCAGACACCAGAAGGAGUCGCUAAAAGACCCAG